AUGGGUAUGGCGAACUCAUUCAGUUUGUAUUUGCUAUGGCUUCGGGUUUGAAGUUGGUUGCUCUCUUAUUCGCUUUGGCUUCCGUGGUACGCGCCCUGCCCAGUGGCGGACGUGUUGUGGGUGGUGAAGAUGCCGAAGUAGGUCAAUUUCCUCAUCAAGUAUCUUUGCAACGUUCCGAUGGUUCGCACACCUGUGGAGGAUCAAUUUUGAAUGAACGUUUCAUUCUUACUGCUGCACAUUGUGUGGUGGUUGGCGAUGGAGUUGAGGCCUAUCCUGCCCAUUUCUUCCAAGUUCGUGUUGGCAGCGUUCAACGCAUGGCUGGUGGCAAAUUGUUGAAAUUGAAACGCAUCAUUGUAAAUAAGAAUUAUGGCGAGUUCUUGAACGAUGUCGCUCUCUUGGAGUUGGAACAACCUUUACAAUGGACCGAUAACAUCAAACCCAUUGAAAUGGCCGAUACUGAAGUACCCUCUGGUGAGGAUGUCAUUGUUUCUGGUUGGGGUCGCCUCUAUACUGGUGGUCCCAUUCCUCAACGUCUGCAAUGGAACACCUUGAAGGCCUUGACCACUGAAGAGUGUGAGGCCGCCAUCGAGUGGGGCUAUGACAGUUUAAUCUGCUUGGCACAUACCGAGGAUAAUGGUGUUUGCAAUGGCGAUUCCGGUGGUCCCGCCACCUACCAAGGCAAAUUGGUUGGUGUUGCUGGUUUUGUUGUCGAUGGCUGUGGUACCAAAAAUCCCGAUGGUUAUGCCAAGGUAUUCUAUCACAAAGACUGGAUUUUGGAAAAUAUGACUCCUUCUGCAUAAAUUGUUUGUUUUUGCUUGAAUAAAGUUAUGAGCUAUAUAUGAAAAA